AUGCCUUCCUUUUACACCAGUGCCGAGGGUUGCCCGUACCCCGAUCCUACCACCAGCGUUCAAGUCCGCAAUGGCCCGGGCGUUGGCGGACUUGUGCUGCUCCAGGACUCACAGCUGAUUGAGACACUGGCCCACUUUAACCGCGAACGAAUUCCUGAACGUGUUGUCCAUGCCAAAGCCGCCGGCGCUUAUGGUGAAUUCGAAUGUACACAUGACUGCUCAGACAUCACCUCAGCGAGCUUCCUCAACACCGUCGGCAAAAAGUCCGAUGUGCUGCUCCGUAUCUCUACCGUCGGCCCCGAGCGAGGCUCUGCCGACACGACCCGCGACGUCCACGGCUGGGGCAUGAAGAUUUACACGGACGAAGGCAACCAGGACUUUGUCUGCAACAACAUUCCCGUCUUCUUUGUGAGGGACCCCAUCAAAUUCCCUUCGCUUAACCGCUCUCACAAGCGUAAUCCUCAAACGAACUUGGCCGACUCGGACAUGUUUUGGGACUUCCACCUGGGCAACCCGGAGGGUAUCCACGCGCUGAUGCACCUCUUCAACGACCGAGGCACCCCAGCCUCACUGCGGCACAUCAACGCGUACAGUGGCCACACAUACAAGUUCACCAAAGAGGACGGCAGCUUCAAGUAUGUCAAGCUCCACCUCAAGGCCCAGGGCGGCACCAAGAACUUCGACGCCCAAACCGCCACAAAGGUGGCCGGCGAAAACCCCGACUUCCUGACGCAGGACCUGUUCGAGGCUAUCGAGCAGGGCAACUACCCCAGGUGGGAUGUCUUUGUCCAGGUGAUGGAGCCCAAGGAUGCGGAGACGUACAAGUGGAACGUCUUCGACAUGACCAAGGUCUGGCCUCACAAGGACUAUCCGCUGCGCCAGAUUGGUCAGUUGACGAUGAACCGCAACCCCCAAAACUACUUUACCGAUAUCGAGCAGGCAGCCUUUUCGCCAUCCACCAUGGUGCCCGGCAUUGCCCCUUCUGCUGAUCCCAUGCUGCAAGCUCGCAUGUUUGCCUACCCCGACGCUGCCCGAUACCGUCUCGGCGUCAACUACCAGCAACUGCCCACCAACCGCGCCAAGGUCCCCGUCUACGCCCCUUACCAGCGGGAUGGUUACAUGAACUUUUCAGACAACUACGGCGCCGACCCCAACUAUGUCAACGCCUCGCUUAAGCCCACGACGUUCAAGAAUGCGGGCAAGGUGGCCUCCACCAUCACGGAGCAUGAGAAGUGGGCUAGUGAGGUGAGCAGCUUCACCAGCCAGAUGGCGCCUGAGGACUAUGAGCAGGCUACUGCGCUGUGGAAUGUCCUUGGACAGCAGGAGGGCCACCAGGACAGGUUCAUUAGCAAUCUUGCUGGGCACUUGUCUGGUGCGAAGAAUGCUACUAUCCGCAGCCGAGUCUAUGAGUACUUUUCCUACGUCGACAAAGAUCUGAGCGCUCGUCUCCGCGAUGCCACCGAGGCCAAAGUUGCUGCAUAA